UGGCCCCGCCCCGCGAGCGCAGUGCAUCCAACCUGAAGAGAAGGCGAGUCCACGGCUAAAAAUAUAAGAGCUAACAAGAUGAGCGGUUUGCCUCGUAGGAUCGUAAAGGAGACGCAGCGGUUGAUGGCAGAGCCUGUUCCGGGCAUCACGGCAAUGCCAGAUGAAGGGAACGCGCGCUACUUCCAUGUGAUCAUUGCCGGGCCUCAAGACUCUCCUUUUGAAGGAGGCACAUUUAAACUUGAACUAUUCCUUCCAGAAGAGUAUCCCAUGGCAGCUCCCAAAGUGCGAUUCAUGACCAAAAUCUACCACCCCAAUGUUGACAAACUGGGAAGAAUAUGUUUAGACAUUUUGAAAGAUAAAUGGUCUCCGGCUCUGCAGAUCCGCACAGUGUUGCUAUCCAUCCAGGCUUUAUUAAGUGCUCCCAACCCAGAUGACCCCCUCGCAAACGACGUUGCAGAGCAGUGGAAGAGGAACGAAAGCAACGCCAUUGAGACAGCCCGAUCAUGGACCAGGCUCUACGCGGGCAACACUGAAGUAUAGAAGAACCGAGACGAGGCUUCUGAAUGUGAACCACAACAUGUACUCCUAUUCUGUCAACAUUCAAAUUUAACAGGCACCAAAAAAAAAGAAGAAGAAAAAAAAAGAUAAGUCCAAAUCUAUUUGAAAGAAAUGACAAGAUUUACUGCUGCAGACCUCUGGGUGACUUAUUUUCCUCUCUGAGGUGCGUUAAGUGUGUGUUAGCCUUUUUUCUUUCUUCUGUGUUGCUAUUUAAAUGCAUGGACGGAGAACGACACCCUCCCAAACUACAGUCUUAAAAAUAUCAUGCAAUAUGUUGUCCUGAACGAGGCACAUACUGGUACGUUUGCAGAAUAUACAUGCAUUAAAGCUGUUCUACUUUUAACACAUGCAUUAUUUGUCAACACAUCUGUAUGUCUUGAGAGAUGACGCGCUCUGUUCUUUCAACACUCGGUGGACAGCAGCUGUCUCCCACUCGUCGUAUGCGGACGGGAAAUAUGAGUGCUGAAGUUUGCCUUUACUCUUUUUAGGGGAUGCGAAGAGUUUUUUGGGGGAAUAGCCCUUACAUUCAACCAGAAGGUUAGUUGGAUUUCCCCUCCCGUGUCUGUGCAUACCAACACGUCACAACACUGAAUAUUGAGCACAUGGGGCACUUAUAACUGAGCACAGAGGGGAAACUCAAAAUGUUCAUCGCACAGCAGAGAAGAUAUUUCUUUUAAUUUAAUUGGACCAGGGCUCCACACGGGAAGUACUGACUCGUAAACCUUCAAAAGACACUUUCUUGUAACUGCAGCGCCAAUUAAGUUUUAUUUUAAAGAAGCGGCUAUUGGACACUGAACAACAACAAAAAACAAAGGGCUCCGAGAGGGCCGAGUCGAAGCGUUUUCAUCCAGACGACCGAGGGAGGUUGAUUCCAAAAAAUUUUGUAUGUAAAAUAAAUGUAAAGACGUUCUGGCAAUUGCUGUAUACCUGCUAAAUUUGCCGGUAGAGAAUACACAGUACCGAACAAAGCCACGGCUACCAUUUAAACGCAUCUGGUCCGUGGCUCGUGUGGAUCUGUGGCCCCAGCAGAUGUCAUUUUAUCUCUUCGUCCAUUUCAUCUUUGGUUUUAGGUUCAUAGAAAAGACAGAUUAGCAUGUGAUUAGAUGCUUGAGCCCGAUCGGAUGAGGAUUGUGUAAUUAUUCAUCCAAGAUCUCAUGAUUUAACUUCAAGCGGUCUGUGGUUUCAGUGAACGUUGGACACUUUGGGGGGGGUGAGCAGAUUUGUGCCACAUGCUUAAAAAAGCCAUUCCCAACACAUUCCCAAAGGUAGAAAGACACACGCUGUUAGUGCUGAGCAUGAUCGGUAUGCAUGUUGUAACGGACUACUACUAUGUGUUGAAAAUGCCCUUUUUUAAAGGAUUUAGGCUGUUUUCUUUUUUCUUUUAACUGUCUGUCCAUGCUAUUUUUGUUGCUUGUUCUCUAUUUUAUUUUCCAUCUUACUUUAUUAAAAAGGCAUGUACCAUAACCAAACUUAUAUCCAUGACGAUUCAAACUAGAUUUCUUCCGGGUGUUUUUGAGAGAUGAGGCGUUAAGUUGUCUUCAAAGGGAAAGUUCGGGCUUCUUUUCUUUUUUUUUAAGGUGUCGUAUCAAAGUUGGCCUCCCCUGCUUUUGCUCUUUCUAUGAUACUGAUCUGUGAUGAUUAUGCAAGUGCAUUGAAUUGAUUGGGUCAUUGUGGUGGCAAACAAAAUGAUAUUACAAAUAAAAAAGUAUUAAAGAUUAAA